UUCAGGGAGAAGAGCAGAACCCAGAGCAGAAUCGCUGCAGACUUGUAGUGAGAGACCGCGCAUCUCCCCUUCUCCCCAGAACUCCCGUAGCUCGUCAUCCGCAAAAUGAGAAAGAAAAGAACCUGACUUUGCCAUUCAGAAAAAAAAUCUGUAUUUGCCCUCCCUUUCCGUCUGGAUACCACUCCUUUGAGCUUGUUUCGAUUUAGCACUGUGGAAUUCGGCGAUUGAAGCAUACCUUCGAAGGGACAAGAAACGAUAGAUAAUUAGGCAUUUUGGGUGGUGCCUGAAAGAAAAAGGAAAAAUGACAAGAGAGCGAGCAUUUUCAGAAACCCUAAAAACUUUUUCCCUUUUUUUGAGAACUCAUUUCAUGAGGAAAGUGCUUCAUUUCAGAAUUGGCUUUAAAACGAGCGAAGGUUGACGUAUGUGGGUCACGUGAGUGCAUUAUUCGAGCAUUAUUUUGGCAUUUGGAUGGAAAGGGCCUUGUCGUCUCGCGGCUGUGUUUCACCCAGUCACUAACUCUGCUAUUAACAACUGGCUGGUAAUAACACAACAAAUGGGAUAAGGUCGGGGUUUCGCACAUCGCUGACUAAAGAAGAUAAUUUGCGAUUUCUUUCAAUGCCUGGGAAAACAGGGCCUGGAUGAAUUCAGAUAAAUACAAUACAUAUGGAGCGAAUGAAAAAAUACGUUCGUUGAUUGAUCAUUAAUCUGUCCCUACAUCCCAUCAAGACGCAUUGCUCUUGUAUAAAAUAUUUCGGUGAAACAGGACAAAAUAUCGGUCAGCGUCCAAGAGGCCGUUGGAAAGAGUCAGUCACGUGACCUCUGGUGCCAAUGUUCUUCCAGAAGGUCGUCAGGACCCUGGUAGCCGGUGAAACUAUUUUCGGAAAUGCAGAAAACGACCUAUUACGACAACUCUACGCUUUUUGGAGGUUACUCAUACCAAGGGGCCAACGGAUUUGGCUAUGAUGCACCUCAGCCGGGCUACCAGUCUUCCGCACACCUGGAGAAUGACUACCAGAGGUCCGCCUGUUCACUACAGUCCCUUGGCAACGGCACCCAGCAGCAACCCGCAAAAACAAAGGAGCUCAAUGGGAGCUUUAUGCGCACUAGUCUGCCACCUGAACACCACCAAGCCCCCUCCGUCUCUCCUCCCCAGAAUCCCUCUAAUAGCACCAACAGCAGCUCGGCGCAACAUUCGAGCAACAGCGGCGGCAGCACUGUGAAAACAGCCCCCACGAAGACGUCAAGUCUCCCCCCUAACCCUACUCUCACCAAACAGAUAUUUCCAUGGAUGAAAGAAUCGAGGCAGAACUCGAAACAGAAAAACAGCUCGCCAAGCACAAGCACAGCUAAUGCGGAGAGCUGCAGCGGCGAGAAAAGCCCCCCGGGUUCUGCGGCAUCCAAAAGAGCGCGCACAGCAUACACGAGUGCACAGCUGGUGGAGCUAGAGAAGGAGUUCCACUUCAAUCGUUACCUGUGCAGGCCUCGACGCGUGGAGAUGGCCAACUUGCUCAACCUAAGUGAACGGCAGAUCAAAAUUUGGUUCCAGAACCGGAGAAUGAAGUACAAAAAAGAUCAAAAGUUGAAGGGAAUGGGCUCCCCCUCAGGUGGACCCUCGCCCACUGGAAGUCCUCCCCUUCCGAUGCAGUCGUCAGCUGGUUUUCUGAACUCCAUGCAUCCAAUGACUGGAAACUAUGACGCCCCCUCUCCGCCAUCUUUUAAUAAGCCCCACCAAAACGCUUAUUCCAUGUCUACAGCCUUCCCAAACCCCAUGAAAACCUGCCCCUCACAACAGAAAUAUGUUAACACGGCACCAGAGUAUGACCCUCACGGUCUACAGGGUAAUGGUAGCAGCUAUGGAACUCCUAAUAUCCAAAGUAGCCCCGUUUAUGUUGGAGGGAACUAUGUGGAUUCCAUACCGUCUUCGGGUCCGUCUCUGUACGGCCUUAACCACCUGCCACACCACCAGUCUAAUACCAUGGACUACAAUGGUGCUGCACAGAUGCCAACCAGCCAACAUCACGGACCAUGUGACCCCCACCCGACAUACACAGAUCUGUCAGCGCACCAUCCUUCUCAGGGUAGAAUACAGGAAGCGCCCAAGUUAACACAUCUGUAGCAGGUUUGGAAAUUAAAUGAUACUAACACAUGGGGCGCUGCAAUGGGACUAGAACAAUAAUCCAGUGGUUGCUUGUUGCUUUUUAAAAUCUCCUACUUGGUAUUGCACAAGUGUGAUAUCCUUAUUUACACUGUAUUUUUUAUUCAUUUGUUACGAAAGCCCGGUCCUAAAUUACGACAGGAAAACGUGCGUAUAGCAUAGGGCUAUAAUUUACCUUUGUUUUCCCGCCAUUUUAGAAGUAUUUGAAAAUAGAAGGUUGCAUAGCUUCUCAGCUUGUGCAACGACUUCAUGGAAGGGCGCAUAUUGAAAACUGCCCUGAAUACUACGAUGUAAUGUGAAACAUAUUAUGCUUUCUACAGGACAACCACUGGAUUAUUCUAAUUUACCUUCCCUUUUCAUAAUACCUCUCUUACUUAAACCCAUCACCUUAACCAACCCAAUUGUCACUUGAUAAUUUCACUAAUUUCAGAUACCAUAUGAAUGGAAAAUGGCACGUAUUCUUGCAAUUCAGAAUGUCUUUCCUUCCCAAUUUAGACAGUGGAUUGGUAUAUGUGUAAAACAACAAUAACGCCCAUUAAAAUUGGUGAAUCUUCGUAAAGUA